UCGGGUUAUAAAUAAUCAGCUCUAAACAGUAAACAAUUCCGCCUCCACUCUCCUCCGUUCUGAACCAAAACCGCCAACGAUUUGCCGCAAUCCCUCCGCCGCCGACGAAAAUUUUGCCGACGAAAUUUUCCUACCAGUCCCUCCACCGCCGUUAUGGCUAAUGGAACUGCAAGACGCCUUCUUCACAACUUCCAUUAUGCUAGAAAUUUUCUCAGGAAACAGCAGUGGCAGGCAAGAUCUGUAACUGUGAAUAAUGUUCUUAUGCAUUUUCAGAGGACAAAAGUAGAUAAGGUGGAAAAAGGUGUGCAUAAAGAAGGUGAAGUUUUACAAGAAGUUUCUGGAAGGUCAGAAAUGGGGAAGAAUAGCAAAAAAGGUUCUAAACGUACCAAGUCCGUUUCUGAAGCUGAAGAUACAACUGAUAGUAACCGGAUGUUAGAGCUUGCAUGGUGGACAAAAGCAAUUGAACCAGCUUUGCAAUUGUAUAGGUGGGCACUGUCAUCAGGGGACGGAAUUCCACCUAGAACUCGUUCUGUUUCAGAAAUCAUUGCAAGUAUCCAGCGGAGUAAGACAGGAAUCCAGGAUUGGAGCUUGAGUGAUCUUACAAUUGGAUUAUGCCUUAUAUAUCUCCGCCAGGCUUCAACAAAUCCAUUGGAGGACCUUAAGGGUGUCCAGAUUUCUUCAGAUGCGAUGGUCGAAGAUCUCAUCUACUUCGUUGAACUAGCUAAAGGUUCUUAUAAGAAUUCUGCAGCUAUGCUUGCCAAAACCACCAUGCUUCGAGAGUGCAACAUAUUAAAAUUUGUUAAAAAUUCGAGUGUUAUGAGGCCUGGUUAUUAUAUAGGGGUUGAUACAAGAAAGAAACUUGUAAUCUUUGGAAUUCGAGGAACUUACACAGUAUAUGAUCUCAUCACUGAUAUUAUUACAACAAGCGAUGGAGAUGUGACUUUUGAAGGAUAUUCUAUGCACUUUGGCACGUCUGAAUCUGCUCGCUGGUUUCUUCAGCAUGAGAUUGGAAUGAUAAGAAGAUGCUUGGAGAAAUAUCAGGGUUUUAGGUUAAAGCUGGUGGGUCAUUCUCUUGGUGGAGCUAUAGCUUCGUUACUAGCUGUAAUGCUUCGUAAAAUGUCAAAUAAGGAACUUGGAUUUAGCCCUGAUAUUGUUUCUGCCAUUGGAUAUGCAACGCCUCCUUGUGUUUCAAGGAAACUUGCUGAGAGUUGUGCCGAUUAUGUUACCACUGUUGUGAUGCAGGGUGAUGUUAUCCCUAGAUUAAGUGUAGCUUCUCUAACAAGGCUAAGGAUUGAAAUUCUACAAACUGAUUGGAUGAGUUUGAUAGAUAAAGAAGACUGGAAAAGUGUCAUUGGUUUGGUCACAAAUGCAAAGCAGGUAGUUACAUCAGUACAAGAUGUUGCUCGAAAACUUGCGGAUUUUGCAAAGUUCCCAAGCAAGAAAAGAUCCUCUGAUGAUAGCAAUAGAAAAAAGUCAGAUGUGGCCUCUGGAUCUCCUCCACACCCUACCGCUGCGCUGCAGAGUGCUACCGCUACUCAAAACGAAGCUGCAAGAUGUAAAAUUCCGGACGAACUAUUUGUGCCAGGGACAGUAUAUUAUCUGAAGAGGCAUACGGAUAGUACUCCAGAAUACUUCACUCUGUGGAAGCGGUAUCCCGAUGAACAUUUCCAGCAAAUAGUGCUCUCAAGCAUCCUCAUUUCGGAUCAUACAUGUGAUAGCCACUACUAUGCUUUGAGGGAUGUACUUAAAGGCCUACCAUCAUGCAGCCAGCAAUGAAGGUAUUUUCUCAUACCACUUGAAAAUAUAGUAAUACAAUUCAAAAUAGUAACACAAAGAGAACAAAUACAUGAGAAGGGAGGAUGUUUUUUUUUUCCUUUCUUUUUUUGCCAUUCGGAGAGCCUUUUUGUUAACCCCGUUGGUCGUGUGUAUCCUAGUUUCUCCAUGUAGUUUUCACUCAUUCAUAAAAUUUAAAAAUUAAUUGGUUAUUUUUUCUUUUGACAAUAAAUGGGAUGGAAAAAUUGAAUAUGUAGUCUCGAGGUCGGUAGUGCAAGUUUUAUGUCAAAUUGAACA